AUGAGCAAAGUGGCCUACUUUGUUCUCCCGGGGACACGGUAUAUGUGGGGUGGUCCGUGCGCGGUCGAUUUUCCCCUACAAAGUGGGCCACCUUCGGGGGCCCGAAGUGUCAAAAAGUUGGACUUGGCCGUUGUCAGACCUCCGCAGGCCCUCUCAACUGGUCAGCCUCAACCGCGCCAACUGGUGAAUCCCGUAGGCCCCUUCCUCCGCGUCGACCGCGAUUCACUCACCGCGCCAUCUGCCGCGCCAACUGGCGAGUCCCGCAGGUCGUCCCAACUGGUCAGCCCCAUGCGCGCCCUGUCGCCCACCCGGUCUGCCUCCCCGCGAUCCCGCAGGUCCCGCCCGCCAACUGGCGAGUCCCGCGGGUCCAGGACAGCCGGCCGGUCCCCCACCGACCCCUCGCGUCCUCGCCAAGGCCACCGGAUCCAACUGGCGAGUCCGUAG